UUAUUAUCAGCUGUCAACUUAGUUGGGUCUGAAUUGUCAAAAGACCAUAACUUUCUCUCCAAACCGAAGUUGGGUUAAUUAAGAAACCCAAGUCUUUUGAUUUACUUUGAUUUUCUUUGGGCCAAUGGUCCAUCUUCUCUGCAUAAUUUUUGUAUUAAUUACUUUGGACAAAGAGUACGAUCUCAGAACAACCAUGCAAUCAUGCAAAGCCUUGAGAAGCUUUUUUAUGUGCUUGCUCUUCUUAUUCUCCCUUCUAAGAAUCUCAGCUCCAACUGCACCGGGCACAAUCACUCCGAAUCGAUAUAUAAGAGAUGGUGAAACUCUGGUUUCGGUAGGUGGAAGCUAUGAACUGGGAUUCUUCAACCCUGGUAAAUCGAAAAGCCGGUACUUGGGAAUAUGGUACACUCUUUCUACUGAUGCAGUUGUGUGGGUAGCCAACAGAGAAAAACCACUUGGUGAUUCUUUGGGACUUCUGAAGCUCACCGAGCAAGGAGUUCUGGUCCUCCUCAAUAGCUCAAACAACAUUGUGUGGUUAUCAAAUUCUUCAAGAAUCGCGGGGAAUCCAGUGUCGCAACUCUUGGAUUCUGGAAAUCUUGUGGUGCAAGAUGAAAACGAAACUAACCCGGAUGACUUCUUGUGGCAGAGUUUUGAUUAUCCUUGUCACACACAACUACCGAAAAUGAAGAUUGGUUGGGACUCAGUUACUGGUUUAGAUAGGUAUCUCUCAUCUUGGAAGAGCACAGAAGAUCCUGCUCCAGGAGAGUUUCUGAUACGAAUGGAUUAUCGUGGCUUACCACAAGUUCUUCUUAUGAAAGGAGCUAAGAUACAGGCUAGACCAGGGUCAUGGAAUGGCGUUUAUUUGACAGGACUAGGAUAUGGUGUCCGAGAACCAAAUCCAAUAUCUGCUUAUGAAUUUGUGUUGAACAAGGACGAGGUCUAUUUUGAGUACAGCCUCCGAAGCAUGUCAGUGUUCUCGAGAAUUGUAUUGAACCCAUUAGGGGUCGCAGAGCGGUUCACAUGGGUGUACCAAAAACAGAGUUGGGAACUUCUCGCUACAUUCCUAGCAGAUCGGUGUGAAAGUUAUGCCUUGUGUGGUCCAUUUUCUAGCUGCAGUAUCGAUAAUAACUCUCCGAUAUGUGCAUGCUUGAAGGGAUUUGUACCAAAAUCUUCGAAAGAUUGGAAUUUGGGAUAUUGGUCCGAUGGAUGUGUUCGAAGGACUCCGUUGGCCUGCAGCGAUGGAGAUGGCUUCAUAAAGUACAGUGGGAUUAAAUUGCCAGACACAUCAACCUCGUGGUUUGAUAAAAGCACGAGCCUUAAGGAAUGCAAGGGAUUAUGUUUGGGAAACUGCUCAUGUACUGCGUGUGCAAAUCUAGACAUCAGGGAGGGAGGAAGUGGCUGCGUGCUUUGGUUUGAUAACCUCACCGACAUAAGAGAAUUCCCUCCCGGCGGUGGUCAAGACCUCUAUAUACGGGUGGCAGCUUCAGAACGAGAUAUUUCAGAUCAUGCUAAGAAAAAGAGCAAUUUCAACAAGAGACAGCUACUAGCAAUUCUCCUCAGCUCUGCAGUUUUUCUCAUUGGAUUGCCAGUUGGAAUGAUAUUGUGUAUACGGAAGAAGAAACUCAGAAAUGACGGACUCAGAAGAAAGGAUUGCAGACAAGAAUACGUUGGAGAAGACAGGGAAGAGAUGGAGUUACCACUGUUCGACUUGACCACCAUAGCUAAAGCCACUAACAACUUUUCAAGCUGCAACAAGCUGGGAGAAGGUGGCUUUGGACCCGUGUACAAGGGUACACUGAUAGAAGGAAAAGAAAUUGCAGUAAAGAGGCUUUCAAAGAAUUCCGGACAAGGAAUGAGAGAGUUCAGAACUGAAGUUAUACUCAUAGCCAGACUUCAGCAUCGCAAUCUUGUUAAGCUUCUUGGUUGUUGCAUUCAAAAAGAUGAAAAAAUUCUAAUAUACGAAUUCAUGCCUAGCAAAAGCUUGGACUUUUAUAUUUUUGACCAGGAGGGACAAAAAUUGCUCGACUGGCCUAAGUGCUUCCGCAUUAUCGGUGGAGUUGCCCGAGGGCUUCUUUAUCUUCACCAAGACUCUAGAUUAAGGAUUAUACAUCGAGAUUUGAAACCUAGCAAUAUUUUGCUAGAUGAUAAUAUGAACCCCAAGAUUUCAGACUUCGGCCUGGCUAAAACAUUUGGCGGUGAACAAAGUCAGGCCAACACAAAUAGAGUGGUUGGAACCUAUGGUUAUAUGUCUCCGGAAUAUGCAGCAGAUGGAAUUUUUUCGAUGAAAUCUGAUGUGUUUAGCUUUGGAGUCAUACUGCUCGAGAUGUUGAGUAGGAAUAAGAACAGGGGAUUUCGUCAUCCAGAUCACGACCACAACCUUCUUGGACAUGCAUGGAUACGAUGGAUUCAAGAUAAACCACUAGAACUGAUCGAUAAGACGUUUUGUGAUUCAUGCAACAUAUCUGAAGUGAUAAGGUGUCUUCAUGUGGGGCUGUUAUGUGUGCAAAGAGUACCUGAGGAUAGACCAAGCAUGUCAUCUGUGGUUCUGAUGUUGAGCAGUGAUGUUGCCUUGCUGCCUCCAAAGCAGCCUGGUUUCUACACUGAACGAAGCGUCCCUGAAUCACCAUCAAGGACGAUUCUAUGUUCAGAGAAUACUUUCAGCACUACGUUGAUAGAACCUCGGUAGAUCAUCAUUGCGGUGCUUGUUAGUACUUCAAUCUACCAUCACAAAACAUGUUCGGAGGGUUGACGUGAAGCUUAUAGCCUUGGCUGGGAAACAAUGAGACCUGCGAUUGUAACUCUGCAAGAAAAAUAUUUAUGAUUACAAGUUUAUCAGUUCCUAAAUCAGAAUAAAGAGAGGACUUGGGUUUGUUAGGUGGUUGAAGAAAAUUUAAGUUAUAGCUAAAGUUGUGUUUACUA